CGGGGCAGGGGCCGCCGGCGGCGGGAUCCGAGCGGGUGACAGCUGCGAGGCGGCCGCUUCCUCGCCCCCGUUUCCAGCGAAAGGGGCGGGAGGGGGAGUUCAAAGGCAUAAACAAGGAGCGCGGGACCGAAUUCCUCCCCCUCCCUCUCCUGUAACGGCGAUAAAUCCGGCUCGGCGAUGCUUCGCGAUGGGGACGUGCCGCCUCCUUCCCCUCGCUGAGGCGGGGGCCGCGCUCCCCUCCCCGCGGAGACGGCGGCUGCGGAGGGGGCUGCCGCGCCCCCGGCGGGAGAGCGGCCGGCACUGAGGCGCCGUGCGCCCCCGGGCAGCCCCCGCCAUCACCGCGGUACGGGGGGGACCUGCCGCUGCGACAGGGGAGGACGGGGCUCGGCGCGGGGAGGAGGCGCUGCGAGCAUGCGCCGGGCGAGCCGCUGACUGGGCGCUCCGUCAGGGUACCGAGGAAAAGGAAAAAAGAAAAGAAAGAAAGAAAAAAAGAAAGGGAUGAGGGGAAGGAGGAUGAGAGACGGCGGAGGGAAGCGAGGAGGGUUUUAAAGGAAGCCGGCGGGAUCCCGCGGGAAGGAGCGGCUCGUGGCAUGCGGGGCUCUCCGGCACCAACAGAUAUUUUGAUGGCAUGACAAAUCAGAACGAAGAGGAUGUACUGUAUGACUAGACACCAGAUCAGUUCUGUUUGUGGAUUACAUUUUCAGUAAGAUGUAUGGAUCUAUUUUUUCCUUGUUCUUAUAUAUAGAUCAUGAGACUUGACUGAGGCAAUAUACAUAUCAUCCAUCCAUCUAUGGCGAACUACAGCCAUGCAGCUGACAACAUUUUACAAAAUCUCUCUCCUUUAACAGCUUUUCUGAAACUGACUUCACUGGGUUUCAUAAUAGGAGUCAGCGUGGUGGGUAACCUUCUGAUCUCCAUUUUGCUAGUCAAAGAUAAGACCUUGCAUAGAGCUCCUUACUACUUCCUGUUGGAUCUUUGCUGCUCAGACAUCCUCAGAUCUGCAAUUUGUUUCCCGUUUGUUUUCACCUCUGUAAAAAAUGGCUCUACGUGGACGUACGGGACUCUUACUUGCAAAGUGAUUGCCUUCUUGGGGGUUUUGUCCUGCUUUCACACCGCUUUCAUGUUAUUCUGCAUAAGCGUCACCAGAUACUUAGCUAUUGCCCACCACCGUUUUUAUACAAAGAGGCUGACCUUCUGGACUUGUUUGGCCGUGAUCUGUAUGGUGUGGACUCUCUCUGUAGCCAUGGCUUUCCCCCCAGUUUUAGAUGUGGGCACCUACUCGUUCAUUCGGGAGGAGGAGCAGUGCAUCUUCGAGCAUCGUUCCUUCAGGGCUAACGAUUCUUUGGGAUUUAUGCUUCUUCUUGCCCUCAUCCUCCUAGCCACACAGCUUGUCUACCUCAAGCUGAUAUUUUUUGUUCAUGAUCGCAGGAAAAUGAAGCCAGUCCAGUUUGUUGCAGCGGUGAGCCAGAACUGGACAUUUCACGGUCCCGGAGCGAGCGGUCAAGCAGCUGCUAAUUGGCUGGCUGGAUUUGGAAGGGGUCCCACACCGCCAACCUUGUUGGGAAUCAGGCAGAACGCCAACACCACGGGCAGGAGAAGGCUACUGGUUUUAGACGAGUUCAAAAUGGAGAAGAGAAUCAGCAGAAUGUUCUACAUCAUGACAUUCCUCUUUCUGACCUUGUGGGGUCCCUAUUUGGUAGCCUGUUACUGGAGAGUUUUUGCAAGAGGGCCUGUAGUACCGGGGGGAUUUCUAACGGCCGCUGUCUGGAUGAGUUUUGCCCAAGCUGGAAUCAAUCCUUUUGUCUGCAUUUUCUCCAACAGGGAGCUGAGGCGCUGUUUCAGCACAACCCUUCUUUACUGCAGAAAAUCCAGGUUACCAAGGGAACCUUACUGUGUUAUAUGAGGGAGCAUCUGUAAAUCUUUAGCCUUGUGAAACACUACCAUUCUCUGCUAAGCAAUUGUGGCCUGUAGCCAUGUCUCGAGAAGAAAAUCAAGAAUGGGAUGUCAGCAGUUGUAAGGAUUUGGGCAACAUUCUGCAGUCUUUGCAAUAGCUCACCUCUAAUCCUAUUUUAAACCUAAACAUGUUCCUGCUGACCACUGCUGAAGGUUUGUAAUUAAGAACAAAGGACUGAACUACUGCCCUGAAUUUCUUUAUGUGGUUGAAAUCUAGAUUAUGAAAGUAGCAGGUGCUAAGUAUCAGUGCUAAAUGCUGUGUAUAUCACUACAUAAAAUAAGACCAUCAGAAACAUUAGCAUUGGACAUCUUAAUAAAUUAAGUUGAUAUGAGGUUAAUGUGUUGAUAAAACUAAUUUUAGACAUCUGAAGACCUUUAAAACAUUUCAUACGAUUAUUGUUUUGCAAAGACUGAAAACUGGGGACUCAAGUACUGUAACUGAUUAAAGAUGUGCCAUGCAUUAUUGGAUUAUCACACUUACAAAUCUGUUUGCCUUGUGAGUAAGUUUUGGGGAGCAUUCCAAAGCAGUAUUUUUCUCAUUUUUUUUUCUUUUUCUUUUUUUUCUUUUUUUUCUUUUUUUUUUUCUUUUUCCCAAAUAUAUUACUCUUUCUAAAUGCCAUUUUCCUUAACAGUGAAAUAAUAACAUUUAACUGUAUUCUGUGGUUUUUGCUGAUUUGGUAUAAAGUUUAAUAGACACUUAUUUAUAUUUUUUAAAAAGCUAGAUAUCAGUCUGUUAGGCAACGUUAACGAUAAUAUCCAGUCAUAACUGAACAGUUAUAAUUAUACAGAAUAAACACAUGUUGCCUUAAAGGGUUAUCUAGUAUCUUCCAUUUUGUUUAGCAUUGAAGCAAAUAAGCAAGGAAAAUUGAAUCAGUGACUCUGGUCAGUCAUUUGGGAGUGCAUGAACGAUCACUUAGUCCUCUUUUUUCCUGUUUACUCCGAUGGUUCCCAAAAUCAGUAUGCACAUCACUGGGAUGAGACGAUUUUUUUCUAGGUGUGCCGCCCUUUCUAGUUUGUUCUGAGAAACACAGGCAGUUGAUGUAUGUUUAUAUUUUAAGACAGCUGUCAUGGGGAGACCGCAGCCUUAGUAUGAUAUCUUGCACAAUUUGUGAAGCAUUUAUUCUACUGAAGGCACAGUCUUGUUUAUAUUUUCUGCACAUUUUGGUGUAUUGGUUGUUUUAAAUUAUUUAAGUUUUAACUUGUGAAAGCAUAUAAUAUGAUUUCUUAGUAUUUUAGAAAUACAUUAGAGUCUGUGAGUCUUUCCUUCUUUAAGAUACAGAUGUGUGGAUUUCAAUAUAAAGUUGCAUUUGCCAAAAUUUACCUGUGUAGCUUGUUAAUUUUCUUGGAAUAAAAUUUUACAUUUUUCCAGUUAUACAAUUAACCUUUUUUUAUUUUGUCUAGUGAGCUAGCAUGAAGUACUGAGAAUGUAGCCAUUAUGAAUUAUUAUCCUUUGCAGUCACUGUAUUCCCAAACUGUAAAUGCAUGAAUGAUGGGGACCACAGGAUUGAUAAAUGAUAUUAUCUACAGUAGCACUAUUGUGUAGUUUAUCAUAAUUACCCAUCUCUCUGUUUUAAUAUGUCAGUUAUAUUUAAAGUUACAACACAGUAUUUGACAUCAACUUCACAGUUUGAUUUUGGAAAAAUGUGUAUAUUUGAAGCACAACAUCACGAGUCAGUCAAUCAUAAAGAACGUUGAUUUUUUGUCUUAAUUUCCGGAGCGACAAGACUAGAGGUCUUGAUUCAGUAUUGGUGUAUCUUGUCCUUUGUUGUAGUUUUAUGAUCAGCAAGUUGAUCUGUACGUACACAAGCAGCAGUCGAUAACAGAAAUGCUUAAAUUUGUAUGAUAACAGUAUACAACAUAUGCAACAAUUCAGAGAGUUGUGUCUAUAUGUGAUCAGACAACUUGAUCAAAGAUUUAGUGAGCAAUCUGUUUGACCUCACUUACACUUUUAUACUGAGGUUGAUUGGUUGAGAGGCAUGGCCUAAUAUACUGUGUUGAAACAGAAAAAUUGCUGAAAUGACGAGUCCUCAUCAGUGCGAGAAUGUUUCAGAACAUAAUUUGAAACGGGACCAAUAAACUUCUACCAAAAGGACUUUUUUAUUACGCUGGAAAAGGCUUUGAAAUUAAGGUAGUUAAGCAAUUGUCAAAGAUGGAAAGAGUGCAUAAAAGCUGAACCGUGUGUUGAGAAAAAUUCUGAAAGUUAUCCCACUUAAGUUUAUUAAAAGGUUGAUUGGCAAUAACUUCAGUCUAAUUUCUAUAAAAUAGUAACCUUUACAAGGAACAUUGAUAUUACAUAUUGUAAUAAAGAAGUACAUAUAAAUAAAGUUGUAAAUAGUGUUAUAGUCGUAGAA